GAUUACAAGCUGAUUGAUCUCAGAUUGAAGUGACUGGAAGCAGAUUAGCUGAAACCAAAAAAAAAAGGGACCAUUUGUUUGUGAGAACGUCACUGGAACAAUCCAAUUUAUAUAAGAGUUUGAAAAGCAGAGACACUUGUACACAGCUUUUUAGUUUGGCUGAAGCUACAAAUAAAUGGACUGACAGCUCAGGAAGAAAAGUAGACGGUUUGCAGGAGAAGGAUGAACUGAACACUAUAACUGAAGAAUUACACCCAGCACCAAAUAAUCUUCACAAAUGCACUGCAGUUAUUAUUUCUCCAGCCUUGUGUGGCUCUUUCUUCUGUGUCAAGGAAAGUUUAUUUUGUGUCAAAAAGUUCACAGCACUGACUAUCCAGUUACAUCCUACCUUCCUGGAUUUGGGAACCUCACUAAGGGAUAUAACAAAUAUCUCCGGCCAAAUUUUGGUGGAAAACCUGUGACGAUAGCAAUGACCCUUGAUGUUGCCAGUAUUUCCAGCAUUUCAGAAAGUGAUAUGGACUAUACUGCAACAAUAUAUUUGCGACAACGCUGGACCGAUCCCCGUCUGGUUUUUAAGGGAAACCGAAGUUUUACUCUGGAUGCCCGGCUGGUGAAAUACCUAUGGCUACCUGACACAUAUAUUGUGGAGUCAAAAAGAUCUUUCUUACAUGAAGUUACAGUAGAGAAUCGGCUUAUACGGUUGUUCUCCAAUGGGACUGUCUUGUAUGCUUUGCGAAUCACCACCACUGUUGCAUGUAACAUGGAUCUUUCCAAAUAUCCACUGGAUACACAGACCUGUAAGUUGCAGAUGGAAAGCUGGGGAUAUGAUGAAAAUGAUGUACGUUUCAUGUGGCUGAGGGGAAAUGAUUCUGUCCAUGGCCUUGAGAAUUUGCGACUCUCACAGUACACAGUGGAACAUUUUUACACGCUUGUAACCAGGUCGUGUCAAGAAACAGGCAUUUAUCCAAGACUGGUCUUGCAAUUUGCGCUUAAGAGAAAUAUCCUUUAUUUUAUUCUGGAAACUUAUGUGCCAAGCAGUCUACUUGUCAUUUUAUCUUGGGUUUCUUUCUGGAUCACCCUGGAUUCAGUUCCUGCAAGAACAUGUAUCGGUGUGACCACAGUUCUCUCAAUGACAACUUUGAUGAUGGGGUCCCGAAAGUCAAUAACAAAUGCCAAUGGUUUCAUAAAAGCCAUUGACAUUUACCUGGGCAUCUGCUUCAGCUUUAUAUUUGGGGCUUUGGUGGAAUAUGCAGUAGCACAUUACAUCACAUCACAUAAACAUGCAGCUAAUGAGACCCAGAAGACUUUUACAAAAGAUUUCACCAGAGAAGCUGAAAAUAAAAUCACCAUUGAUAUCUUCAAUACAUCACUCACUGCCAAUCUCAAUCAAAAAAUAAAUUUUGUCCAUAUUGAUAAUGACUUUUGCAACAGCUUACCCUUGAGCCCAAAGGAUAAAAUUCAGUGCCUCUUGAAGAACAAAUUUCAGAAAUUCACCAGCUAUUUCACAAUUCAAAAUCCAAGCAAGAUUGAUCGCUACUCGAAAUGGUUAUUUCCUUUUUUUUUCAUGUUAGUCAAUCUGUUCUACUGGGGCUAUUAUUUGAUUUUAUAGAAAAGAACAGAAACUGGAAAUGGGUCGGCACUAUGGAUUCAGGAUUUUACUUUCAAUUCAUGUAGAUGUUUCCAUGGAUGUAGCAAAUGCUGACAAUUUGUUAUGAAAGGGAAAUGAACAUUCCUAAGAACCUGUCAUCUAGUGGCUUGGGUAGAUGGCUUGUCUGUUUUCACUUCCCACCAUCCCAAAAUGUGUCUGCACUAACAUACUUUAGAUAUGGCUCAAAGUAUGAUGUCUCUGCCCUUAAGUAGAGAAGAGCAAAAGCCACAGACUGUGGGCCAGGAAUAAUACUGCUUGUCUAUGUUUCUUCUCAUGUGCAGAUUAAACACCAAUGAAGAUUUGUUUCUGAUUAAAAGUCAUAGUAUUGUUCUCUGAACCAUGUCAAAAUUAGCCAGUAUACCUUGUGUCUUACAGUUUAAAGAUAUAGGAAGCUUAGUUUAGAUCAGAACUUGAUAUGGUAUGGGAUAGGACAAGGAGUUAACUGAUUAUCUACAGUUGCAAUCCCAGUUGGUUCUUCCAUGCUUGCUAUUUGUAUCAUGAGGAGAGCAACCAGGGUUGGCACAAAUGGGAACUCUUUUCCAGGGAAAAUAACAGGUACUGGGGACCCAAUGAAGCCUGGAAUGCAACAGAAUCAAGAGUUAAGCCCCAUUACUUUAAUGCAUGUAUUGGAGUGGUUCAGUCCAAGCCGGGAAUAAACAACAUGGCGACUGCUUUAAAAAGAAGGUUGCAGUUUAUUGAAGAGGAGAGCCAGGCAAAAUAAUGGCUCUGGA